AUGAUGAGGAGGGGAGUGUGUUUGUUGGUUCAGGUGGUGGUGGGUUUCGGAGCGCACAAGACGCAGGCGCAUCUGCCGUUAAGUCCUUCGCUGCCACCAGUGCCACCUUCAAUAUGGGCGGAUGCUGUUUAUCAGGGUCCUGUUGAGCCCACAUAUUCGUUAGCUGUGGAACGGGAUGGUGAUGAAGUUACGACCGUGUACGCGGCUCUUCAAACACCCGAGGAUGCGGGACCGGAGUACUUUCACGAGUGGAGUGUCAAUCACCCACGGGAAGGGCUAGGCUACCUGGAAUGCCCACCCGGCUUCGAUCUAAGACAAAGCACCAAGUCAUGCAUUAUGGUUACUUAUGCCGCGCCUAAUGAGAGCUGCCCCUACGGAGCCUACCGAGACAAACUCUCGUGUUCUCCUGGCUACACCAAGAUCGGAAAUGCGUGUUAUUCGUUGACCCGCGUUCCCGCUCUAAUUGGGUGUCCGGAGGGUUACGCGCUCAGUAUGAGCUCCAUCGAGACGUACGACCAUCUGCUCGCCCACUAUGGCGAGGAUAACAAGCAGGCUUGCUUCCGAAUAGAAGCAUACGACCCGGUGCGGUUUUGUCCUCCCGGUUUCACGGAGAUCGUUCUGGAACGAGAACAUGAUUCGGCGGAGGACUUGAAGGAUGCGGUACUCACCCGAGAUCUGGGCGGAGAUCUGGGCGGAGAUCUGGACCGAGAUCUGGACCGAGAUCUGGACCGAGAUCUGGACCGAGAUCUGGACCGAGAUCUGGUGUCAAAACACGACUUGGUGGUGGUACCCAUAGCUGGUCCCUUACCCGGGACUGACCCUUUGCCCGAGGCUGACCCCUCGCCCGAGGCUGGCCUUUUGCUCGAGGCUGAUCCCUUGCCUGUGACGGCGUCAAAGUGCGUUCAGUUCCUGGAGGCGGCGGCGGUUGAAGAGGUCUGUCCGAGCGGAUUUAUGUUACGGACGGCCACGGAGAUCUCCUCGGUAAUUAGAGAAUUUGAUUCGAUUCUUGGAGGCGACUUUUUGGAACCGGCGAUUCGUGUAGUGCAGUCAGUACACCCGGAAGCCCAUUUGUGCUUAGAGGUGGUGGAGAUUAAGGGCCAGUUAGUCUGCCCUCCUAGCCAGAAGUUGGUGCAAUCGUCCGGUGGGGGUCACAUCUGUUUAGAGGGAUCCGCUGCUAACUCGAGAUCUCUAGGGACUGACAAGCGGGGCAAACGUUAUCGGGUUAUGACGAAGCAGCUUGGCCUUCAUCAUGGAGCCUAUGAUGAAGCCGCACCCCAUCUUCUUGAGCCCCGUCUUCUGGCGGCCAUUGGAAGUCCUGUACGAGCGUUUCCGGACCGGCCGGCUUGUGCAGACCGUGGACCAGAUGAAUUGUUGUGGCGGUCCGGACUUCCCGUUUGUGUGGAUAUCCGUGUCGUAGUACCAGAGAUCGUUUGCCCCGCAGGUGCAGUGUACGUGGCACCUGCUUGCGUCAUGGUCGCGGCUGCCGAACCGCAAUGCAAGCCUGGAGACGUGUUUGUGGCGCAAACCCAGCAGUGCCAUCGCGAGAUAUUCACCAGCUACGAGGCAUCCUGCCCAUUUGGUUUGCCCCAGGCGUCGCAGAACGUGGGGUUCUGCGAAGCCUUGGCGGUAUCAGAACUGCUGUAUACUUGCGCUGAGGGUUAUGCCGUAGCCUCGCUUGACAAGGCCAAGAAAAAAGACAGUCUGCCGAAGAACAGCAAACGCUCGCCCUCGCUGACAGUUGAUUCCUCUCCCACCACCGUCUGUGAACUAUUGGAGUAUGCGGACUACCAGGUCACCUGUCCCCAAGGCUACACCAGAGAGCGCUCCAAAAAUAAUGCACACGCGUGUGUUGCCGAAAAAAGCACUAAUCCUACGCUGAUGUGCCCAGCCGGAUUUCUCGCCGUCGAUGAAAAUGUACCACUGGAACUGUCCAACGACCGCGGCUGCGUAAAAACCAUUGAAGUAGCACCUACCGUCGUGAACCCUUCUACUCCGGACACUUCAGAUGUUGUGGAGAAUACCAAACACGCCCGUAAAGGAGAGGUCACCGCUUGCGUUCUGACGAGCUCCGGCGCUCUCAGUUGCGGCGCAGAAAGAAAGUACCACGCGCAAACAGAUCUUGACCACCAAGAAAAAUUCGGCGCAAAAUACCAAGGGAAAUAUGACCGGAAAAACAGCAAGAAAAUAACGAAGAGAGAAUCAAAUAUAGAUGUAUAG